AUGACGCAAUCAGUAAUAGUUAUGCCAAAUGGCAUGGCCGAAAGGAUAACUCUGCUUUGCACAUUUAUUGUCGGUGUUCUUCUCAUCAUUGUCAAUUGCCAUCAAACUGCACAUCAUCAUACAAAAACUUUAGAUACGCAAAUAACUAGUCAAAUUUUUAAUAUAGCACAACAACUUCUUGCCGCACCUAGAACUUGUACCUAUCAUGGUAGCGAUUAUCCUUGCAUGCUGGCUGUAUCCUGUUGGAUUCAAGGAAAGAAAGCAAUCGACCUAUGCAGUGGAGGAAUGUUCUGGAGUUGCUGCAUCCCUAGAAAUGCCACACCAACCGGAAACAAUUUAAUUAAAAAUCCAGCAUGCGGAAAAGUUUACAUCAGAAACUCGAAAAUCAUUGGAGGAGAAAAUGCUGAAUUGGGAAACCAACCAUGGCAUCUAAGCCCACUUGGCCACGCUGGUAGCCCGAAUGCUGGAAAUGCACAGAAGAGAAAGGUGGACGAUUCUGAUGAUGUCACAGGUAGAUUGUCGCCUGGUAAAUCGGAUGAUAUGCCAUCUGCCUUCGGUCUGAUCGAUUCACCUAAUGAGUUAAAUUCCUUAGCACAUACCAGCGUGCUAGAGGUAGGUUAUUAA